UGCAUCCAGCACGCGUUUUCAUCUCGCGUUUGCACCGAUGCAUCCUCACAAAAUGUUUCUCGUUCCGCAUUAAUCGUGUAAAAGAUCUGCCAAUUAAUGUUUCAGAGUGUAGAUGGCUAAAUGUUGGCACGUUAUGAACGAACCAUUAGUUUCGUCGAAGGUUUCUCAAUAAAUAGUCGUCUCGUAUUCUUAUUCGAUCCUCACAGAUGUGUCAAAUUGUUAUAUCCUCGAGGGGACGUUUUUUCGUUAAUUUAUCGGAUCGUGAUUUGUUAUUACUCCGUUGACUUUAUAAAGGGAUAGGACAUGCAACGAGCAAAUAACGAGAUGUAUUCAUGGGAAAAGUUUUUAAAGAGAAAUAUCGAAUAACCUACAUCUCUUGACAGUUAUCUGAGUGUUGGCCACCGUAUCGUUACGUUUCGUGAAUUAUUCUCGUCUCGAAGGAAAGAGCUUACCGAGAAUUGCAUCGCAUAUCGUGGUAUUCGCGAUGAUGCGGCAAGAAACAACUUUGACGAAGCCGGCACGUAAAAAACCGAACAUUGAUGCAUCGAUAGCCGAAUGAUUUUCGAGAAUUCCGUAGAAUAAGAAUUACACAAAAGUUCUUAUUUCAUUCACGGAUUUAUCAUUUGCCAUCUAUAUAUCGAUGAUCUUAAAAACUCGUUCUUGAAGUAUUAUAGUUCUACAUGAAAUGGGUAGUGCUUGGUGGCAGUGCGCCGCAUGUUUGAGAACACAAGAAGAAGAUAUUUGUGAGUUGCAUUUGAAUAAUUGUAACCUUUAUGAUGUACCACCUGACGUGUUCAUUUAUGAGAGGACACUGGAGAAAUUGUAUCUCGAUGCCAAUAGAAUAAAGGAUCUUCCAAGGCCACUGUUUCAGUGCCAUGAGUUACGAGUACUUUCUCUCAGUGACAAUGAAGUCACCACGUUACCACCCGCCAUAGCAUCGUUAAUUAACUUGGAAUAUCUAGACCUUAGCAAAAAUAGUAUUAAAGAGCUACCAGACAGUAUAAAAGAAUGUAAAAAUCUUCGUUCUAUAGAUAUCAGUGUUAAUCCGUUUGAACGUUUCCCAGAUGCUAUUACACAUAUUGUUGGACUAAGAGAAUUGUAUAUAAAUGAUGCAUACAUAGAAUAUCUACCAGCAAAUUUUGGAAGACUUUCAGCUUUGAAAACCUUAGAACUUAGAGAAAAUAACUUGAUGACAUUGCCAAAGAGUAUGAGCCGUUUGAUAAAUUUGCAAAGACUUGAUAUUGGUAAUAAUGAUUUCACUGAAUUGCCUGAAGUUGUUGGGGAUCUUAUCAAUCUUACCGAAUUGUGGAUAGAUGGUAAUGAUAUUAGACGUAUACCACUCAACAUUAAUCAGCUUUAUCGUUUAAAUCAUUUUGAUUGUACAAUGAAUGCAAUUCAUAUUAUCCCGUCGGAAGUAGAAGGAUGGAGAGAGAUUUCAAUUAUGCAUCUUUCGUCAAAUGAGAUCUAUCAGUUACCAGAUUCCCUUUGCUAUCUACGUACAAUUGUGACUCUUAAAGUUGAUGACAAUCAAUUGAAUGCACUGCCAAAUGACAUUGGACAAAUGUCAAGCUUGGAGGAGCUUAUAGUUACUAAGAACUUCCUUGAAUAUUUGCCAUCAUCAAUAGGACUUUUGCGAAAAUUACAUUGUUUAAAUGUAGACAAUAAUUACUUGAGAUGCCUUCCACCAGAAAUUGGAAGUUGCACCGCAUUAUCGUUGCUGUCAUUGAGAUCAAAUAAUCUAACUCGAGUCCCGCCUGAAUUGGGACACUUAUCCUCGUUAAAAGUACUCAAUCUUGUAAACAAUUGCAUCAAAUUUUUGCCUGUUUCUAUGUUGAAUUUAAGUAAUUUGAAAGCAUUAUGGCUGAGCGACAAUCAAAGUCAACCGUUAGUGCCAUUGCAGCAAGAAUUCAAUUGUGAAGAGGAUAUGAUGGUAUUAAGUUGCUUUAUGCUCCCACAGAAACCGCGGCAAGAACUUGAGCAAAUAACACCGGCUGUAGGAUUAAUUUCAAGUUCGAUUGUUGGUACUGGAAAAAGAAUAUGUUUUGCUGCUGAGGUAGAAUCUGAAAUCCCUAGACAACUUCAUCGAGCACCGACUCCCUAUCCUAAAGAGCUACGCAAUCUUGCUAGGCAUGCCCGCAAUUUACAUCAUCAAUCAGCGCAUGAUCAGAGAGAUUCACAUUCAUCAUUAUCACCAACUGAACAUCGUACGUCAAAGGCGUGCAAGAAUAAUACUCCUACGGAUGUUGGAACAGAACAAUCUGUUUCAGAAGAAUCUUCCGACGAAGCAAACAAAACGGUACUUGCGAAAGAAAAGAGUCCGGAUAUUCGAGAAGCGAAAUAUAUUCGUAAUCCCACGUCCGAAUACCUUUCCAAGCCUCCAACAGUAGCAGAUUAUGUAAAUUCUACUUGGAAACCAGAUGAGUACUCGAAGGCAAACACAGCAAAAAUUGUUGAAUCGGAGAAAUUUAUAGAACCCUAUAAGAGUACACCUAUUGCCGCAAACAACAAGAAUGCUAUUCAUGUUCAAGUGCCGAAAGUAAAUGAAGUUCCACCCGUCCCGCCGCCGUAUCAUAUUGCUGCCGCGUUUUCAAAAAAAGCAGCACUCUUUCAACAAUUAAAUCAAUCAGCCCAAUUAGAUUCUCCGAUGAUCGCUCCUCCACAAAUUGAUAUGAACAUAUCAAAUUCAAAAAUAUCACAGGAAACGCAAAUACAAAAUUAUGAUGGAGAAUCAUUUAAAGUCGAAGAACGUUCUUAUAAUGACAAAUUUUCAUCGAAUAACACAGAUGCAACAAACACUUCAAAUAACGAUGGAAAAAUAAGCUCUUUUAGUGGUACUGAUCAAAUACAUGCGUUAACAGAAUCGAUUGAUUUGACAGAACAAUUAUUAGAAGGAGAUCGAUCAUUGAAACCAAGUAGAAUUCCUAUUUUAAAGACAAAGCAUUUGGAGAACACAAAUUCUAUAUCAAGUAGCGAUUUGUCAAACAAAUGUACAAACUCUUCUGUUGAAGACUACGAAGCUUUAAAAAUGUUGAAUGCGUCGUCUAUACCAACAUCUCCCAUAACCGGGAAAAAAUAUCGAAGUCCGUUAUCUAUGCAACCUAAAGUUUCGGAUCGUCCAAGAAAGAUAAUAAAUGGAACUGUGUCGAAUAACAAUAUCUCCUGUGAUAAUUUAUCUAUAAACCCAGUGAACUCAAGUCCAGUUGCAAAUUCGAAUAUGGAAGGAAUUUCAAAAACUUUAUCCAUCGAAACGCCAUUGAAUAUGAAUAUUUCGUUUAACAUAAAGAAUGAAACUAAUUCUGGUCGAAGUACUCCAAUUUUACCUAAUAAUAAAUCUUUAAACGAGAUGACCAAUCUUAAUGUUGAUAAGUACAAAGUUGCUGGACAGAAUGAGUCAUUAAAUUCUGAAAGAAAACCAAGAUUUAAAUGGAUGUUCGGGCCACACAAAAAUGCUAACGUAUUGCCUGUUCAAGUAAAAAAAAAUCCAGGUCUCGGUUUCAGUAUAGCCGGUGGAGUAGCAGGCGCAGAAACCGGAAUAAUUGUGACUAAAGUGAAUCCAGACGGUCCAGCACAAGGUACUCUUCGACCAGGAGAUAAAAUUUUAGAAGUAGAUGGUAUAGACUUCACUAAAUCUGAUCAUAACAAUGCUGUGGCUGUCCUUCGAGCAACCGGAGCAGUGGUAUCUAUGAUGAUUAGCCGUCAUCAAUGACAUCCAGUUAAAAAAGAACAAUGGUUUCUUUCCUUUAGUUUUUAUAACUAGUGAUGAGUUUAUAUACGUCACGUAAGUUUUUUUUAGAAUAUAUAUUUUUUUAACUAAUAUUAGUAUAUGUCAACAUAUUAACACGCACGAAAAAAUAUGGAAAUUUUAUUUUGUUUUUCUGAACGCCUGUUUUCAUGAUAGUAAAUCAUAUUCUUUUUGAUACUAUCAAGAAAUUGAAUGACUGAAACAGCGUUACCAAAGGUGGGAGUAAUGGCAUUUAUUUAAGGAAAAUAUUUCAGGCUCCCAAGUGGUUACGAUUUGUGAACUGAGCUUUUUAAAGAAAGAAACAAUAACAAUUUCGUGAAAUAAUUCGGUUCUUAGGAUAUACCAUAGAUUAGAAACGCGUCCCUUGCACAAUUUACAAUAAAAAAAUGUGAUGUAUAAAAGAACUAUUUUUAAGAGAAAUUUCUUCAUGAGCCAAUUCACAGCUCACUUGUAUUAUUUGGCCGCAUACGUAGCUAAAAUAGCAAUUCUUUAGCAAACAAUUAUAGGAUGAUAAGUUUCUUCCCGAAUUUCUAACUCCGUAAAGAAUGCAUAUAUUUGUAUUAUGAUGUUGAUUGUAUUUGUGUCAACUCACUUGUUCUCUUUGUAGAGAGCUGACAAUGUGCCAGAAACAAAAUACUAUUUAUUACUCAUAUACAUUUAAAAAAAUCCUAUAUAAAAAUGAAUAUAUAUUAUGCAUAUAUAUUAUAUACAAAUAAUUAUCUCUAUCAAUUAGAUGGGAUUCUUACAGAUACUUAUUUCGUAAGAUGUGAAUGAUUUUUCUACAAAUUUAUUUUAACACAUCAUUUUUACAAGCACAAAGAAUUCUACGAUUAAUUUACUUGUAUUAUUUACAGUUUAUAUUUAAAAAAUGAUAUACUUUAAUUUUAUUUAGAAACUACAUCUGUAAGAAUCUUAUUAAUGUAAAGAAAAGGGGAAAAUAUUUCUCUAUGUGCCGUAAUUUUAUUGGUAAUGUUUUUAAUAGUUUUAUCACUAUCAGUUUUGAUUUUAUUUUUUCUUUCUUUCCUUUUUAAUAAAAGAAUACUCAUAUCGAAAAUAUGUUGUAAAAUUUACAUUUUUCGAACAAUUUUAUAUAUUUUUGCUUGCCAUUGUUUCGUGAUAAGUUUGUUUUAUUAAAUGCUAAUAAUUCUCUUAUCACAAAGUCAACUGUUAAGUAUUUGAUAAAAUGAGAUCUUUAUUGUUAUGGUUGUGAAUUACUUGAAUGUAUGUACCUUGUAGAAACUGUUUUUUAACAAUAGUUAUUAAUGUGGCACGAUGAGGCCAAAUCGUAAGAUAAAACACUACUUUUCUAUGUUAGUGAAAUUAUAUUGAAAAAAAAAAAAAAAAUGAAAGUUAUUCAUGUAAAUGGAGUAGAGUUGU